AUGCAGUUAUCUUGGAAGGAUAUCCCUACUGUGGCCCCCGCCAAUGAUCUUCUGGACAUUGUCCUGAACAGGACUCAGAGAAAGACACCUACGGUCAUCAGACCAGGUUUCAAGAUCACCAGAAUCAGGGCUUUCUACAUGCGGAAAGUGAGGUUCACUGCUGAAGGGUUUGAGGAGAAAUUUGACGACAUUCUGAAGGGGUUCCCCAACAUCAACGACGUGCACCCGUUCCACAGAGACUUGAUGGACACUCUUUACGAGAAGAACCAUUACAAAAUUUCGCUGGCCGCUGUCUCGAGAGCGAAGUCUCUAGUUGAGCAAGUUUCGAGGGAUUACACCAGACUGUUGAAGUUUGGUCAGUCUCUGUUCCAAUGUAAGCAAUUGAAGAGAGCUGCACUGGGUAGAAUGGCGACAAUCGUCAAGAAAUUGAAGGACCCUAUGAACUAUCUAGAACAGGUCCGUCAACAUUUGGGUAGAUUGCCCUCUAUUGACCCAAACACGAGAACGCUGUUGAUCUGCGGGUACCCCAACGUCGGUAAAUCCUCCUUCUUGAGAUGCAUCACGAAGGCAGACGUUGAGGUCCAACCGUAUGCUUUCACUACCAAGUCGCUGUACGUCGGGCAUUUCGACUACAAGUACUUGAGAUUCCAGGCUAUUGAUACGCCAGGUAUCCUUGAUAGACCAACGGAAGACAUGAACAACAUUGAAAUGCAAUCCAUUUACGCUAUUGCUCACUUGCGUUCGUGUGUCCUGUACUUCAUGGAUUUAUCCGAACGGUGUGGUUUCACCAUCGAGGCACAAGUCAAGUUGUUCCACUCCAUCAAGCCACUUUUCGCUAACAAGUCAGUCAUGGUGGUCAUCAACAAAACCGAUAUCAUCAGACCAGAGGAUUUGGACGAAGACCGUGCUCAAUUGCUGCAGACUGUCAAGGAUGUGGAUGGUGUCGAAAUAAUGUGUACCUCUUGUCAAAUGGAGGAGAACGUCAUGGAGGUUAGAAACAAGGCAUGUGAGAAGUUGCUUGCAUCCAGAAUCGAGAACAAACUGAAGUCGCAGGCUAGGAUCAACAACGUGUUGAACAAAAUCCAUGUCGCACAACCACAAGCGAGAGACGAUAUUAGCAGAACUCCAUACAUCCCUGAUGCGGUCAAGAGCUUGAAGAAAUACGACCCAGAGGACCCAGAGAAGAGGAUCUUGGCCCGUGACAUCGAGGCUGAGAACGGUGGUGCCGGUGUCUUCAACGUUAACUUGAAGGAUAAGUACAUUUUGGAAGACGACGAAUGGAAGAACGACGUCAUGCCGGAAAUUUUGGACGGUAAGAACGUCUACGAUUUCUUGGACCCAGAGAUUGCUGCUAAGUUGCAAGCGCUGGAGGAAGAGGAGGAAAGAUUGGAGGCGGAAGGGUUCUACAACUCCGACGACGAUGAAGAAACUUACGAAGGCUUCGACGUCGAGGAAGUAGACGACAUCAAGGACAAGGCUCUCUGGAUCAGAGACAGACAAAAGAAAAUGAUCAAGGAGGCAAGAAACAGAAAGUCUUUGAAGAACAAAGCCAUCAUGCCUCGUUCCAAACUAUCCAAGUCCUUUAGCCAAAUGGAGAACCAUAUGUCCACUUUGGGCCACGAUAUGUCCUCGCUUCAAGAGAGACACAACGUUGCUUAUGAAAAGGGUAAGUACAGGGAGAGAGGUGCUGACGUCGUCUUCGGAGACGUUGAUGAGAGCACUGCCGCUUCUGUGUCCGAAAACGGUGGUAAGUUGAGGCAACAGGAUAGAUUGCUGGACGGUGUUGCCGAUGGUUCUUCCAGAUCGAAGGCCGAUAGAAUGAACAAAUUGCAAAGAAGAGAUAGAAACAGACACGCCAGACAAGGUGAAGCUGAUAGACACACUGCUGUCUCUUUGUUGAAACAUUUGCAUAGUGGUAAGCGUGGUAUUGGUAAGACUGAUUUCCGUUAA